AACACUGCCAAUUUCGAAUAAUUUGUUGCUGUCUCUCCGUCGCGCCCCUCCAUCUAUCUUCCCCCCCCUCCUCCCUCUUACUUCUUACCUUUCCCCCCUUUUCUUCCAUGCCCCUCCUCUCUUUCAAAAAUCCUACCUAUCCUUCAUUUUGUCUUUCGCUCCCUCUCACUACCCCGCCGCCUAUACAACGUUCAUCGUCUCUCUAGCUAUCAUCCCCUCCCCCUCCCCCUCCAUUCCCCCUUUGCCCAUCCGCCCGAGAGCGUGCCUUAAUCCUCCUACCUCCGCCUCGUCGUCGUUAAAUAUCCCCCCUCCUUCAUUUUCUACCCAGGUACUUUCGUUUGUCGGUUAUAUUCCUUCAGAGGGUUAGCAGUCAAUGAAAGGACACUUCCCCACAAGUAUACAUUUAUAAUAACCCGGAUUCAACAAUACCAACCAUAAUUUUCGGAAUACCGAGCGAUUUCAACAUCGAUCCCGGCUGUCGCAACAUAUUCGCUUUCACAGGAUAAUGCACGAAGUCAUGACCGUCCCGACUGCUGCAACACAGUCGACCAAGAAGACUGUUAGUGUUCAGGAGAGAAAGUACAAGUGCGCUUACUGUUCAAGAGCGUUUAGUAGGUCAGAACACAGAAGCAGACAUGAGAGAUCACGUAUGUAUUCUCGCUAUUUUCCCCUCCCCGGGGAUUUACUCGGUUCUCUCCUUGUACUGACUUGGGGAAUAGAUACUAAAGAGCGACCGUUCAAAUGUCUCAAGUGCCGAAGCACCUUCGUGAGGCGAGAUCUCCUUCUACGGCAUGAUCGUACAGUCCAUGCAAAAGAUGGGGGCGUGCCCUUGCACAGCGAAGUUAAGAGGAGGUCUACCAAGAACUCGGCUUCGGCCGGCCCGGCGAAACCGUCGAUAGCUAUCGAGCAGGCAGCGAUCGAGCAGUUGGAGGGUGAUGGGGGCAUGGUUGAUUUGGAGACAGCUGCUGCGUUAAUGACGGAGUUACAUUAUGCCGCAGCGGCAGCUAUUGUGGAUCAUGAACAGGAGAUGCUGUUGCAAGAAAAAUCCAGACGCUCGAUGUCCUCGAAUCCUGAGUCUGUGUUCGAUCCCAAUGUGUCUUACGCGUCUGGUGCGAUUCCCGUACAAAACAUGUCCACUUGGGAUCCGCCAACGCCUUCUUCUACAGCGGGCCCCGAACCGCCCAGAAGCCACUACAUGUCCCACUCACAGUCCUCGCAAGACUCUUGUGUGUCCUGGAGUUCAAACAGCCUGCAGAUACCUUCAUCGGCCAGUAGCGUCAUGGAGCGGUCGCUUUCGGCUGAUCCUGGACAUAGCGCGACCGUGACCCCGACAUCGUACGCCUCGCCUCACCCAUUGUUCACUGGCCCCUCUUCCCCUGCAAACCAUAGUGGGUCGAGCGCUUCACAAGCAGCCCCUCCACCAGCCCCGCCAUCAGUAGAUAGCGAUCAUGAACGCAAUAUGGUUCUAGAUAACAUUCGUGAAAUCGAUGAAGAGCGAGCUGUUCUAGACAAAUUCCGCUUGCCUAGUAGAAGUGGUUUGAAUAGAUAUCUAGCUGCGUACUUUAAUCUUUUUCACCACCAUCUCCCGUUCCUGCAUACAGGAUCGUUUAACCCCUCCACGCUAGCCCCGCCUUUGUUGUUGGCUGUGUUGUCCAUCGGAGCGUUGUAUACCUUUGAAAAGGAGCAAGCGUAAGUCCACCCGUCAUCCACCCUCUAUCAUCAUCACCACGAGCCCAAUUGGAAAUCUGACUAACUCUUCUGAAACAAUCUUCUUUAUUUAUAGUUACACUCUCCAUAUGUCAUCCAAGGUUCUUGUGAACAAUUUCAUUGCUCGCCAUCAUGAAUUCAACUCGCGCAAUUGUCCGCUAUGGACCACCCAAACGCUGCUGCUCAAUAUGGUCUUUGCCAGCUGGAGUGGCGAUCCAAAGGGUUUGGAUUGGGCUUGCUCUAUUAGGGAUUUACUCGCUAAUGUAAUUACGAUGCACCCCCGGUUAUUGGCUUGAAGCGAAUUUACUAAUAUAGACUCGCAGAUCGUUGCUGGUGGCAGAUACGAACUGCAAGUCCGGAUGGACCAACGUGGGGACGAGAUGCCUACUCGUGAGGAAUGGAUCCUCGAGGAGGGCAGCAAGCGAACAUACUAUGCCAUCUACGUCUUCUUUGGUCUCUUGACCUUGACAUACAACCACAUACCGGCCAUCGCCCAUGACGAGUUCGACACACUUUCUCUGCCUUGUUCUGAGACUUUGUGGAAUCUCGAUGGCUCCGAUGACCAGGCCUGGAGAGAGCACUUGUCCAAUGCUUCCAUGCCCACCUUCAAGGAGGCACACACCGGCCUUAACAAUGGCGAAAUUCCUCAAUAUAGCGUGUUUGCCGCCCGUGUUAUCAUCAAUGCUCUGUUCCUUGAUGUGUUGGAGCUCAAACGCAAUGUCGAGAUUGUUGAGAGUGUUGUCUCCGAGUAUCGCGAGAGACUCAGUGUCGCGCUAGAAACCUGGCACAGAGCCUUGGAGUACUGCACACCGGAGACGAUGAUCGUUUCUCUCACGGCCCCUCAGAAAGGACAUCCUUUGGUGUUCAACAGCAUGGCUAUGUACCGUUGCGCCAUGGCAAGACUCGAGGUGGAUCUUGUUUCUAUCCAAGAGGCUCUUCGCUACCAUGUUCCUGAAGAUGUCGCUUCUGUCAUGACGUCUGCAUCCGGGUUAAUUCCUCGAUCGGAAGCAAUGACGAAGGUCAUUCAACAGUGUUUUGAAUGUUUUCAGAUCCCCGCGUUGAUGGGAAUCCGCUGGGUUGCGAGAACUUCUGCAUUGAACUGGAGUGUAGAGCACCCGCUCUGCGGCUUUGAGCUGAUGUUGAUUCUCAGUCUUUGGCUGUACCGGCUUGAAGAGGAGAUGGAAACCGACCCACCUACCGAGGAGGAAGAGGCUAUGCUGACCAAGGUCCGAAAUCUGUUUGAUGACGAUUCUGUGGAGCUGUAUGGAUCCAGACUCAGCGCUGCGGUUGCCAUGGUCUGGGGAGGCAUGAUCGAUGAGGUUGUUGUUUGGGGGUAAGUGAUGUUUCUAUUUCCACUACCAUCCGGUUGGAAUGUGCUGACAUAUGCUCUCUCUAGAAUCACGAAACUGCUGGGUGAAUCAUUUAAAUUGCACUCGCACACUCUUGCGCUUAGCGAUGACAUUGGGAUGACUUCGUCCUCAUCACCGUCCUCAUCUGCCACACCCGAGGCAGAGGAUUUGGACAGCGAGAUGGAAUGAACCCGCUCACUUCCUUUGGGAAGAGCAAAGACAGUUGAGCCACGAAACUAUGCGGAUGAUUAAUCAAACCUCUAUUUAUGACCGUCACGAAAUCUUUUCCUUCAUAUCCUCUUUUUUUUCUUCUCAUCUUCCCAUCUCAUUUUAUUAACAUUUCGUUUCUAGUACCUUUUUUCCCGAGACUAUUUUAUUAACCCCUUCCGCGAUUCCCCUUUCUUUUACCAAAAAAAAGACAAAAAAAAUUCCGAUCGCCCCCUUUUUUCUUUUUCCCUGUUUAAAAAAAUCAUACCUGGCUUUUGUGAAUAGUUUUUGUUCUGCGUUUACUUUUUGUUUUUACCCCACAUCUCAGUUAAAUGGCGUCUCCGGCUCGGUUCUGUCUAUGGUUUUCAGCAUGGAUUGAACGAUUAGUUUAAUAACCUUUCCUUCUCCUUUCUAGUUUUAUCGGACGGUUUUUUGAACAAAAGGUUUGUUUGGUUUUAUUCGCUUGUUUUUCCCCUCUUGCACCUUUCGCAAAAAUGAAUAGGGCUUUUUAUUAUAUCCAACUAUUUACUUGUUCGUCUCGGUUUUGAACUUUGCUCUUGAAUUCUUUGUUUUGAGUUUUACACGCGAAAGAUCGGUUGGGGGGUUUAGUUUAUGUUUUUUUUCCUCUUUUUUUCUUUCCUUUGGAAAUUUGGUCGUUUGAUUUUGAGCUUGCUUUAAAAUAGGGUUCCGGAUUUGGACAGGAUGGAAUGGAAACAUUUUUUCUAUAUACUUAUUUAUUAUCAUCUGUCUUUUAUAUAUAUCAUAACUGUU